AUGAAUAUUGAACAUCUCCGGAGCUCCUUGCUGGGUUUGCCACUCCCAUCGUCUGCUAGUCGAAGAAGGAAAAGUGACAAUGAUUUUGUGGUCGGAUGGGCUGCUACAGGAGCGUCCUAUGGUUGCUCUUUUUUGUCGCAGAAUCAUGGGAGACAACGAUGGUCUACGUUUUCUGGAUCAAAUUCGAGUAGGGCCAAUUUCCUCUUGAGGAAUUUAUCACCACGCAGCUGGUCAAAAAUAAACUGCACGCGGGAACCGUUCUCAAGAAGCAAGGCUUUAAUAAGAUCAUUCGAACCUCUGUGGAAGGAGGGGCUACUGUUAAUAAGAUGCUCUGUAUUUGUCGCUAUACUUUCAGCUGCUGGCUUGUUGCUGUGGUAUGGUCAUUUUAAAACCAGGAUUUUUGUUGAAACCCAUCUUCUACCAUCUGUUUGUUCUAUCUUAACUGAAUACCUUCAAAGGGAGAUCAACUUUGGUAAGGUCAGGAGCAUCUCCCCUCUUGGGAUCACCUUGGAAUCUUGCUCUAUUGGUCCACAUAAUAGGGAGUUUUCUUGUGGGGAGCUACCGACCGUGAAAAUUAGAGUUCGUCCUUUUGCAAGUUUGAGAAGAGGGAAGAUUGUGAUUGAUGCUGUUUUGUCUGAGCCAAAUGUGCUUGUUGCACAGAAGGAGGAUUCUUCAUGGUUGGGUAUUCCACCAACUUCUGAACAUAGCUCAAGGAGGCACUCAUCUGAAGAAGGGAUUGAUUUUCGUACGAAGUCCAGGAGAGUGGUUAGGGAAAAAGCCGCUUCCAAGUGGGCUAAAGAAAGGGCUCAGUUAGCCUGGGAAGUUGCAAAGUUAGGGUAUGUUAUUCCUCAGAGGUAUUCAAAAUCGGCAACUGGUGAUAGCCUCAAGGAUGGUGUAAGCAAUUCUUUCAGGUCGUUUAACCCUGGUUCAUUCUUCUGUGCGGAUGAGCAUUUACACUGGGGGGAUCAUCAUUCCAUGGACAUGGGGAUUGAGUAUGGCUUGAAACAUGAAGAGCUCGAGAAGUCAUUCGGUAUAAAGAAGUCAUCAAAGUCAUGGUUUAGGUUUUGGCCUCGAACGGACUCAGGUCAUUUAAGACACAAGUUUAAGAGAGAAGCCCAGAAGAAAGUUUUUACUGAAAUUCUCUUUUCUUCUAAGCUGAGAAUUCUUAAGCGCAGUGCAACUGCUGCACUUGCAUAUUUCAACCGUCUCAGUGGCGAUGAGAUCAAUGAGUCUGUUGCUUUGUCUGUACAAGGUGCUUCAUAUAUCGACUGUGGUGAAAUUGGAGUCCACACAUAUGGUAUAGAGGAGGAGAAGGAGGAGGAGACGGGUACAACUAAAAACUCUGUUGUGGACAGGAUAAAUGGGAAUGCAGGGCUUGAAAAUCAAUUGGACUCCCCUUUUGUCGAAGGCGAAAAGUGCCUUGUGAAGGUGCCCGUUGAAAUAGUUGCCAAUCAUGUUGGAGGUGAAGAAAAUUCAAAGUCGGUAACUUUUGAAGGCAGCCUUGAAGGUGUGAGUCAUUUAGGAGGAGAGAGCAAUGCUGAUGAUCGCCAGAGGAGUAGCAGAGUAGAUGUCUUCGGUUCAAUAUAUCUUCCACUUCUAAUGGUCGCAAAGAAACUCAACAUAUUGAAUGUGCCAGGUAAUGACUCAUCAUUUGGCGAUAAUAUGAUGAAAAUUAGUAAGCCUGUGAAUGGGAAAGUCAGUGCGUCCUCAACACAAGAAAGGGAUCUCAAGGAGGUUCAUGUAGAGGCAGGAGGCAGCUCUGCACUGACCUGUAAGCUUAUAGAAGACUCACCAGUUGAAGACUUUGGAGACUUUUUCAGUGGGAUAAAAAUUUUUAAACCUCGUGGAUCAAAAUCUGGGGACUUAUUUCCACUCUGGCCCUCGAACUUCAAUUCUAAAUUCCUUUCAUUCUCUAGAUCCAUAGAGGAAUUUCUGUCCGAUUAUUUUUCUGGUCAACUUCAGAAAUUGAGGGAAUCUAUGAGUUUAAAAAGUGAUGAUAUUGCGGCUGAACUUGCUGGAGGAGUUGAUGUAAUGUGCACCGAGGGCAUUGAGAGGAUGCUCCCAGUCACACUGGAUUCUCUAUAUUUCAGCGGGGGGAGUCUCAUGCUACUAGGAUUUGGUGACCAGGAACCCAGGUGCGUCAGUAUUCUCUAAUAACUGCUUGAGCCAUUUUAAGAAGAGAAAAUAUCUAUGUGUGAAUUCCAUAGUAGUCCUGUACAGAAGGGACGAGUGACCACCUGGCUAUGCUUCAUUUUUAUAGAUUGUUCACAGUUAUCUCUGGUGAUGGAGUUAGAAUGACUCUAUCUUUGUCACGCAUUUUCUUCUUCUGAAAAAAUAGUGAUAUGAUGUCAUAUCGUUUUUAAUUAAAGAACAUACACACGUGUCGGUGUUAAAUAGGGGUCUGGAAACCCACAGUCCUCCUAAAGGAAUGGUUGUCUUGCGGACUGCUCUAGACAAUUCCAGUCCCUGAGUAACAUCUUGGAUACAAUCUACUGACGUUUUUGUUGUUUGCUGCUUUGGGGGAGAGGCAGCUAGUCUAGCUGUGUUUUAAAAUAGUUUGAGUGAUUUAAGUGAAUUCGGUAAAUUAUCUGAGAAAGUAAUUUCAUUUCUAUUUGUUUCUUGUCAUGGGGUGCAUUUCAAUUAACUUUUGGUUGGUUUGGUUUCCCUGUUGUCCUUUUUCAUCCACUCAGCCACUGUAAAGGUCCUUAACUGCUUUCUGCUAGCAUUUUAAUAUUGAUAAUCUAGAUAGUUAAUAUUCAUAUACCUGCAUUCUGUCCUCUGCAAAUGCAUCACCUAGUCUUUACCACAUUAAUACUUGUUCUACUUCCUCCUAUCGCUGUUUCAUUCAUUGUCUUCUACUCAUCACCAUACCAUGUUUCCCGGUGGUGGCCGUUGCAGUGAAUCAGUUUUUGUAGCCAGAAUUUCAACAAUCAUUGUUUCUAAGGGUAGCAUGUGAAGCUAGUGAUGCUAUUCCAAUUGGAUAUCUGCACUUCACCUACUCAACAUCUACAUCUCAGUUUCAUAAUUGUUGAAAACCUCCUGAUCAAGGUUGUAGAAACGGAUCAUAUCUUCUGAAAGUGUCUACCUAAAAAAAGAAAAAACCUUUUUUUUUAAGUGGCCGUGCUCCAUUAUAUUAUAGGAGAGUAUGCAAGAAUGGCCUAUAGUUUAAAGGUCUAAACUCUAUCCUCUAAAAUGACAUGACCUCGGAGAGAACACCAUACGACCUCCCUAGGAAAGGAGACCAUCUUGGACAGCUCCAAGGACCAGCACCCAACUUUCAAUGGAGUUUGCAACUUUACUUUGGCAGUUCGUGGAGAUUCUUUGACACCUUUCACCGAGUCGUGUGAUUCUUCUUAUAUGGAUCCCAGAGAUCAAUGAAUGGAUAGUUUGCAAAACACAGAAUCAGUGCAAAAUUGGGAGUGUCUAUUCCACCUAGUGAUAAGCUCCUUAUUUAUAUCCAAUUGGUGCCAUCUAAGGCAUGCCAUUGCACCAAGUCCUUUCUAUUUUGUUUCUCUUUCCUCAGAUACACAUCUUUGGUCAGGAUUGCCAAGAAGAUAUUUUCGAUCUCAUAUAAUGGCGUAGCGUGUGGAAACGUUUUAGUGUCUCUGCAUCUAGCUAAUCUUACGGUAGGUAGUCUGAGUGCAUCAUCAAAUGGCUGUCUCCUAUGUUUGAGCAAGAAAAAAUUGGUAAGCAUUGUUCAUGAAGUUUAGAGGGAAGAAGUGUGAAGAUUGUGUUCGCCCAUUUAAGAUUCUGAGGUUACACACAGCAAAUCAUGACGUUUCAGUCUUGAAUGUAACUAUGAUUGAAUGAAGAGUACAAGUAAGAUGCUUUUUAGGUAUCAGUAGUUGUUCGUGCUAAACAGCUGUUCAAUUUACAUUAUCUAUAUUAUUUUGGUGUCUGCCAUGAUAUAAUUUUUUGAUGUUCUAUUUAUUAUAUGAUUUUUUAGUUUUAUUUUCAAUGCCAUUUUGAGACAUUGAAAUUACUACUCCAUUAAGAGUCAUUUCCAAAUCAUUGCUUGACUUUAGAUCCUCUCUACUGACGAUACUUGGUAUCAAUUAAACGGACAGUGGGUGGGCUCCAUCGGGUGGAACUCGGAUAAGAGUCCUCAGAAUGGGGAGGGUGUUAGAACCUGUUAGGUGAAAAGUGAUUGAACUUGGUUAAGUGGAUGGUGAGCUAGAAUCUUCUAAGUGAAAACAAAAUGGGUUAGAUUCUUUGAAGAAGAAACUGGAAUUGUGGCCAAUGAAAACAUUGAUCUAUUUUCUUGGAUACGAAGUCCGAUAUCCCCGUGGACCAUCAUCUUAGUGACAAUCCUAUUUAUGAAGGACCGUCUCCCCUAAUAAAGGUUGUCUUCUCUCCAAUAUUUGUGCUCCUGUACACAAACAAGGCAAACUCACAUUCAUUCACAUUUCAUUCGGCUUAUAUUUUUGAUCUCAAAUAUUUAUGCUCUUAUUUUUAUCAGUUUCAUUUUUUUUCUAUUUUACUUAAUCUUAUGUUAUAUUUAUUAUAGCCAUUUUUUAUGCAACCUGAGGUUAUGAAUUUGGUCCUGAACCUUCAAGGUUUCUGAUAAAGUCAUUAACUAAGAUGUUUAAUUUAGCUGUUUCCUUCCCAUCUUCAUUAAUCUCGGAGACUAUUCUGCAUGACCAUACAGUUGCAAAAGUGAGUGACUAAUAGAUGGUGAUAAGAACAGUACACUGUCUUUCUAACAUUUUAUUGUUUUUCACUUAUAGAGAGAUGGAGUAUGUUGAUGGACAUGUGAAAUUUCAAAAUCACUAUAGUCGCGUGCAUGUGCAAUUAAGUGGCAACUGUAUGGAGUGGAGAUCUGAUCUUAUGUCUAAAGAUGGGGGCCUACUGUCCGCUGACAUCUUUGUUGAUACCAUUGAACAGAACUGGCACGCCAAUUUAAAGAUAGCGAACCUUUUUGCACCGGUAAUACAUGAUUUCUCCUAUUUUCUUUGAUAGUACAUUUUUUCUUCUUAGCGCUUAUCAGGUUUAAAAUUAUGUUAUCUAGUUCAGGGAUUUCAAGUGCUAAAAAUAUAUUUUUUUGGUUUAUGCAGCUUUUUGAGAGGAUUCUUGAUAUUCCAGUGAAGUGGACCAGAGGGAGAGCAACAGGGGAGGUGCUUUUCCGUUAUUUUACUUCUGGGUUGAACCAAAUUUUGCUGAUGUAGUUUUUUACUCUUUACUAUCUACGGUUUUAGGAGCUCAUAGAUCCUGAACUGAUGUCUCUGAUAUUUUAUGCUUCAAUCAUCACUAAGCUGAAUGCUAAAACCUUCACGAAAGCAUAAUGCUUUGGUGCAAAAGUCAUGACUUGUUAAUGUUAGGGUACGUGUGGCUGGAUUGAAUCCUGAUCGUUUGUGUUGCCAUUGCCCACUACACUCCAACCUAGGACCUGAUCCAGUCCUGAAGGCUUAUCCCCAACCAAAGAAAGCUUGGCUUCAUCUUAUCCUUGAUACUUGCAUGAGAGUUCGAAUGUUAGAGGUAUUUUUAUGCAAUUUGCCUCUCUGACUUGGUUAGCAUAAAACUCUUUACAUAUUAUGCAAUGUCUUCUACGUGAAUGAGUUAUUUUUCUCACAGUUCAUUAGCUGCCAAAUAGCAUUGCCUUUUCGCCUCCUUGAAGCCUUAGUGCAUGGAAAUAGGCUAUGCUGACGCCCUUCCUUUAUCUAUCACUAUUUUGAUUCUCAUUUUAGCAUCACUCUUCCCUGAAGAGGAUGUCAUUCUUCUCGGAGUCCGAAUUCUGUCCAUGCAGUUUUUCCUCUCUAUCUAGUUGUCCUGCUUGCCUAUAGGUCCUGUACUAGUGUUUGAAUUAGGGAAGCCAUGGCAAACUACUGCGCACUUUGUCAACUCAUUUCUUGACGAGGUCGUGAUGCACUUCUGCCCCCAAGCAAAAUUUUCCCUCUGAAAGCUCCUUUGUGCCUACCGCUAGUUCUCAGUAAAUAGGUUUUAGCCAGAUUGGUUGAUAACCACGAUGUUUCUGCCAUAGAAGAUAAGGUUUUCAGAUCCCACAGAGACAUAGAAUUAACUCGCUACCUUCUCAUAAGGAAGUAGUUUUCCCAUCUUGUUGAGACCAAGAAUAUGUCUACGUCAGACAAAGAAGGGUUAUCUCUGAAUUUUGAUUUUCCGAAAAUGGAACUGAAGGUGCAAACAUUAAUAGGAGCUAUCUCGUUAAUGAAUCUGAGGAGCCCUACCUUUAGCCAUCUGAUGUCUCUGCAGUGGUAACAGCUACAUUGAAGUUUCAUCUGUUGUCUCUGCAGUGGUAACAACUACCGUGAAGUUUUCUCUCACACACCAAGAGUGGUCUUAUUUAUCGUACUGUUCCGAAAACCUCUUACAAAGGUUUUUUUCUUUGCUUUUCUAUGUAACUGUCCAUAAGCGCCAGAGAAAUCUCACACAGUCGUUUAACAGGUUCUUUAAAUUUAUUGAUGUAGAGAAUCCUCUCAUUCAUCAAAACUCGAUCAUCUCUUUAAUCAAAUACUUGUUCCUGAGGGCCAUAAUCCAGUUUGACGCAGUUACCCCUAGUAACACCCUUUAGUCACCUUGAUGCCUCGAAUAUCCUUCAUGAUUGUCUCACCUCUCUCCUCACAUUUAGUCUCCCACAAACGUAGAAUGUUGACCGUACACCUUCUCAUUAACGCUGCCAACAUUCUUUUAUUCUCCAACCCUCAUACUCGCUUAACAUUUUAUGGGGCUGUACAUAGUGUAGUAGAGAUUUCAGCUUCCCUCUCGCUACUCACGGAAGCAAUUUUAAGAAGCGCAAGCCUCUUCUUAAAGUCUGAGGUAUCCUUUUUGUUUCAUUUUAUUGUGUCAUUUACCAAAAGACAUGUACCGUCCACCUUAAAAAAAGAAAAGAAAAAAACGAAAAUAGAUGUUUGGAUUUAGGCUGGAGCUAGAUACAAUGUUAAGAUGAGAUCAUUUCCUCUUCACUGCUUUUAAAAUUUCUUUUACAUUCCUCCGUUUCUAGAGCUCUAAAACUUGAAAAUUCUGUUUCAGCCAGACCUGUCGUAUGGUUUCUCAGGCGGUCCAAUUGAGACUGUCAAAAAUUUCCAGUUAGAGUUCCCGAUUGAUUCGAGUGCCUUUAUCCUAUUUUAGUAUAGUAUCACUUUUCAUGUAUUCUUCGACUUCAUCACGUUACUCCUGGAGAACUUGGCAUGCCAUAUAGUUUUACAGAGUAGCAUAAUUUUUUGAUGCAAGUGUUUUCCAGCUUUAGCAGGAUCUUUUGUAGGUUCAUCUUUUUAAUGUGACUUCACAACUUUAUGUAUUUUUAUCUUCCCCAAAGGAAUUAUUUUUCACGAUUUAUAACACUAAAUAUUCUCUCAUUUUAUUUCCUUAGCUUUCACUUAAGUGUUGCCUCCAUUUCAUUUUAGGUUCAUAUAUGCAUGUCGCGAGGGGAAACUUUUCCUGACCUUCAUGGGCAACUUGACGUGAAUGAAUUGGCUUUUCAGAUUGUGGAUGCCCCGUCAUCUUUUACGGUAUGCUUGUCAAUUUUUAAUCCAGCGAUUUACGGUUUUCAUAAUCUUCAUCAAGGUCAUCUCAUAAAAUAAAUGUUUAUAACUCCCUAAAUGGUUGGUGGAAGAAAUAUAAGAUAAGGAGCUGAAAAUCAACUGAGAGGCUACGUUGUAAAUGCAAAAUAUGGAUACAGACGAGAUGCAGAGGCCUCGAUGCGAGUUAUAGGAUCAGAGAUCAGUGGAUUUUUCUUGGAGAGAGAAUUUGUGAUAGUGCAUUGAAAAAAAAAAUUCUGAUGAAAAUGGACUGGAACUAGCUGGAGUUGACGAACGUUGGUUGGACCGUUCUAGUUUGUGGGAUUAAACCUGAGAUUGGCAUAUGAUAUCAAUUUUACACGUAACUCGCUGGAACUGAACGUCAAUGCGGGUUGUUGUUUCAUAUCAGAAUUUGACACAAUACUUCAAGAUAGGAAAAAAAAGGUUUGAUUUAUUUAGAUUAAUGGUUGCUCUGCAAUGUAAUCAAGGCUUGUCGCUUAUAUCAAAUCUAGCUUCAUGUGCUAAAUAUGUGACUGUUUCAGACCUGGUUCAGAUUGUAGAGCUGGCGCUGCUUUUCUUUUGAGAAAAAGCAUUCCAUAGAUUUGGGAUCACGAGCUUGUUCAACCCGAAUUGAUGGGUUUAUUUCAGUUGUUCAGAUUCUGUUGAAUAGUAUGAUCAACCAGGCUAUUGUUUAUGACGAUAAGAGAAUUACAACCUUGACUUAUUCUAAUGGUGUGCCAGGAACACCUUUAAAAUGUAACACGAAUAUCUUGGAAUUCAUAUUCUGCAUUAGUGGGCCUGUGUUAGAUCAUCUGAUCCUAUUUAAUCAAGUCACUGAAUUGGUGGGUCUGUUUGCCAGUAUUGUACAAAUUGCAUUGCUUUUGUGGAGAAAUUUUGUGGUUCAGUGCAUCAUUCUCUGUGUGGUUCCGGAUUGUUUGAGUGAAUAUUUCUCUUAUUGUUCAGUUGUUCACAUAAUUUAUUACGGAAUUCUGUCCUAAAUCCCUUCUCAAAUUAAUUUCUCUGAUCCUUCUUGGAAUUAGAGGUCGUCUUAUCAAGGUAUAGUCUUCGUCUCGAUCAACAUUUCUUUGAAAUUAUUUUUGCGUUCCAAGUUUCUUGUGCGCUCAAUGCGGAAGGAUUCAAAUGAUGUGUAUUGAUGUCAAGCUUAGAACGCAUUUUCGUUAAACGUAUCCGUGUUCCACGGUGUAGCGUUUGUUACUUUCUGUCUUGAGUUAGCUCCUGAAUUUUAUAGAUGGAUUUCAGUCAAAUAAUGAUGAAUAUGUCAAGAGGGAAGACAAAAAGCACCGACUGGAUCUACUAGAAUGUUCCUUUGAUGUAAACCAUGAGAUUUAACUUGGUUUUGUACAGGGCGUAAACGCAAGUUUGUGUUUUCGAGGUCAAAGGAUAUUUUUGCACAAUGCUAGUGGCAUGUUUGGUCACGCUCCUUUGGAAGCUUCAGGGGACUUUGGCAUUAACCCUGACGAUGGGGAGUUUCAUCUGAUGUGCCAGGUAAUUAUUUGUCAUUACCAAAUACAUCUGCAUUGAAUAUUUUCUCCUUCCUUGUUUAUUUCUAGUUGUUUUAAAUUGAAAUGGCCUCAAGCCAAAAUUGACGAAGUUAGAUUCAUAAUAGUUUAUGUUUAUUUGAACAGGUAGGUUAAUGCUUUUGUGUAAUUGUGGAUAUUCUUAUAAUCUAAAUUUUUAUUUUGAUGCUGGGUAUUGAUGAAAAUUUUGAUGACCUUCUCCCAUAUUUAAUUGACAUUGACGUUUCCUGGCCUGAAUGCUUCCAGUGGUAGGCCUUUGAGUGUUAGUCAAUUUCUGAACUUAAGACUGUUGUUGAUAUUUGGUCCACACUGGAAUUUGUCGGGGUGGACCUCUAGGGUUUGUUUAUUUUUAAUUUAGGGACUAAAUUUUGUCUGGUUUCCCUCGGUGAUUUCUCAGUGAUACAAAUCAUACAAGGAUAAAGAGUCGCGAAAAAUGGCACUAGAACAUUGGUUACCUUGGCCACAAAAACGGAAACUACCUAGGUUAAGGAAACUGACCAACUUGGAAACUAACAAACUAGGAAACUAACGAACUAGGAAACUAAUAAACUAGGAAACUGACAAACUAGGAAGCUAACCAACAGAAAAUAAUUCCUAAUUACAUAUUUUUCCCACGCUCAAUAGUUAUUUCCAGUGGGUUACUUCCAGUGGUGAUCCCUGUGAUCCUAAAGAAGUUUUUGAUGUAGGAAAUCCACAGAAAUUAAAUCUCACUUAGUCCGUCAAAUACCGUAUGUUGGUGGGAAAGGCCCUCAGUGGCCUUGGAGGCCAAAAGUGGGCUACUCGUUGGGGCCCUCUUUGGACCCCUAUGAGGCAAAGAUCAACAGUGGUUGUCCCAUUUAUGUUCCUUUUUUUAACCCUCAUUGUGGUCAUUGCUACAUCACUAGUGGUUUUGGAGGCCAUCGGUAUGUGCCCUCUUAGGGAAAAUCUGGCAACUCUUUUAUUCCCUCCACUAAUGCAACCACCACAAAUAUCAAGAUGCAAGAUCCACCCACAGAUUUCUCGAAAUGCCCUUUGUUCCCAAGAGGAUUUGUUAUCCAUCUGACAAUACUGGUGGAUACUUAAAUGUCCUGGACCAUGCCAAUCCGUCUGCAUCAACUUUUCAACACUUUCUUCUGAGAAAUUCCUGUUUGUCGAGGGGAUUACCGUCUUUCCAGUAUUAAAAGAAGGGAAUUGUUUUUGUAAUCGAGCUGUGCUGCAUGUGGUUCAACUCUGUGUUGGAUGUUGAUACUUGCAUGCUUAAAAGUAGUGACUUGGAGCAGUUAUUGGUUAUGGAACUAGCAGCCUUUUGUAUCACUGUACUUGGUGAAAAAUAUCAUAGUUGUAUGGUAUGCAUGUGGACUUCCCACAAUCUUCAACUUUUUGAUUUAAUUCGUCGUCAUAUUUUCUUGAAUAUUUAUUCAGUAAGCAUAUGUACAUGCAUCUAUAUAUAUUUGCAGGCUGAUAGUGUACACACCCAUUAAAUGUACUCAGUAUGACAUUUCCGUGAAAGCAAUGUCAUGGAGAAUAAUAGCUGAACUUUUUCUUUUCAGGUCCCGUGUGUUGAGGUGAACGACCUUAUGAAGACUUUGAAGAUGAAACCUUUAUUAUUUUCGGUAGGUUUGGACUACUACAAGAUGUGUCAUUUGAAGUUUUUUCCUGACCAUGCCAAUCCGGAGGUUUUGGAAGAUGAUACACUUGGGAAGUCAUUGACAUAUUUCAAGAUGGCAUUGAUUUGCUUAUUAUAUGUUCUGAUUCGAUGUUUCAUAAUUGAGAUUGAUCUAUUGAGGACCAUCUCAGUUAUUCUAUUCGAUAAUUGUGAAUGAUUUAUGAAUAUCUGAAGUUGAUUGUGUGAUGGAAAGUCAUUCGGAUUUCAAUGGUUUAGCCCAUAUCCAGAAUUUGAGUUAUUCCUCUAAUCAGAAUUGCUGUGGCAGUUUUCACUUGCUUCUUCAUCUUGUGAUAAAUAAUUUCAGUAUUCCUUGUUUGGCCUAAGUUUCUGGUUUUGAUGAAUGAAGUUUUCCAUAUUUACUUCCAUUCAUUGCAGUUGGCUGGCUCGGUAACUGCUGUAUUCAACUGUCAAGGACCCUUGGAUGCCCCUGUUUUCGUGGGAAGUGGAAUGAUCUCAAGAAAAACUCCUUAUUCAGAUGCUAAUUUCCUGCUGUCUCCUGCAUCUGAGGCUGUGCAGAAGAAUAAAGAGGCUGGUGCUGUUGCAGCAUUUGAUCGUAUUCCAUUUUCUCAUGUAUCUGCCAAUUUCACUUUUAAUACUGAUAACUGUGUAAGUUUCAAUGCCGGAUUAUGUAGUUGUGUCAGCCAAUAAACCCGUCUUUCAAACUCAAUUCUAUCUGCUUAUUUUUGUGGCAAGUUAGUAUUGAACAAAAUGUCUAAACACAGGUUGCUGACCUGUAUGGCAUCAGAGGGAUGCUUUUGGAUGGUGGAGAAAUUCGAGGAGCCGGAAAUGCUUGGAUUUGCCCAGAGGUAUAACAAACUCAAAUCCUUUAUAUUUUUUGUGCAUGACAUGGGUUCAUAGUUUAAAUUUUGUCCUCCCGAUAAAGGAGUAGUUUCCCUGUUUUUUCUGGUCUUUAUUUCAUUGAUUAUGAAAUAUAAAAUUAAUUAACCUCUGAAGGUCGUCUGUUGAACUAGACAUUGAUCUCGACUAUCUCAGAAACCGUACCAUACCCUUGUAUAUGUGUCACUAAAAAGUUCUGUUAUCACAUGAUGAUUGAGAUUGUCAACAUUUUAUUGGUUUUCAGUGGGUAUGGUUGGUUUGUCAUGAGUUUUUUUACAAAGAUUAAACUAAUCAACCUUGUAUAUGAGUUUUUUGAUUAAUUUUAAUGGCAUUAUAAGGGCAGUAAAACUAUGGUUGUCGAAGCACAUUUGUUGCAUUAUUUUAAGCAAGGUUGACUUACUCAAUGUUGUAAUUCGACUCGGAAGUUAGAAUUUGGAAUUAUAUUUUAUUGAUUGUUGGAAUGAAUCGGACCCAUUUGGGUUCAACUUUCUCGAGCCUACACAGAUCAAGGGUUCAAAUACUGUCAUCUUUCAAGAUUUUGAUCUUCAGUAUGGAUUAUGACCGCGCAACUCCAAUAGUUGAAGGUUUUGGAAAUAAUCUAUCGUUUAUAACGAAGGUACAAUUAAGGGAUUACGAACCUGGAAUUGCGUGUCUCAAGUUUUAGAAAAGAUCCAGUUGGAUCCGUGGCCUACGGAGUCAACAGGUCCGGAGGUCCAGUGGCUCAAUUGAAUCAAUGGGCUGAAUCAUAUCUACCGAUUCAGCUAAUCUAGAUAAAAUAUCUUAUUUGCUUAAAAAACUACAAAAUACAAUAGAUGGUUUUGUGCAGUUUAUAAUUGUUAUUUAACUAAAGGAGAUAUGUUAGAAGAAAGUUUAUUUGGUUUCUGUGAAAAGAAUACCAUUUUACUCGACACCCAUGGUUGCCCCCUUCCAUUUUGUUUAGCUUUUGGGCUUCGCAGGUUUUAUGGUAAUAGGAUAGUGGUGGCAGAGUUGAUAUCAACAAUGAAGAUGAAGGAGAAAAUAAAGAACAAAAAGAAAGGAGUGGUGGCAGGAAAAUUAAGUAUCUUCUAUAUUUCUUGUAUUCCUCCAAGGCCCUCUCAUCUGAUUUUCCCAGUUACGAGAAACCUACGUAACAUUUGGAAGGCCUCGGGUUGUGUUAGGGACGUCCAAUUCUAGGUCUAUUCUUAUACAUAAUCAGACAAUCUAGGAUUUUUUCCGUCUUUUAAAUUUUUUUCGGGCUAAUUUCAAGUGCUGAUCAACAUGAAAUUAUUUAUGCGGUGAAUGUUUAAUCUAUGCUCUACUACAGAAUAAGUUCUGAGACCAACAACAAGCAAGUUUUAUCGUUAAAGUUGAUUACCUUAAAUAAAUGAAUCAAUUUGCUAGUUUAGAGGAUCUUAUCAAUCGAUUGCAUUUAUGUGCAAGAUUUAGAAAUGAUCACGGUUGCUUUCGACUUCUUGCAUAUGAACGUUUAUGCUACCAUUGACAGAGCUAACCUAACCUUAUCAAUCCGUCAACUCAGCUCAGAAUUGAUGCUUGACAUUUCCAAUUCAAGGGUAUGUUAUGGGUUUUUCAGUCGCAAUGUAUAUAUAUAUAUAUCUAUAUAUAUAUAUAUAUAUAUAGAUAUAUAUGUACAUAUGUAACAAACAAACUGUUCUUCGCUCACAGGAGUCUACCAAUUUCAAGGUGACUUGCUAUAUUGAUUCAUGAAACCAGCAACGAUAUUGGUCUCCACCUCUCAUCCUUCCCCUUCCUGUUUUGUAGUUGAUGGGUUCGAGUGUGAUGCCUAAAAUUUAUGCAGUACUGGAAUAUUGUAGAAGGCCCUCUGACUCCAGUUAACACUUAUGAGACCUUUCAGUCGAUAGAAGACCAAUAGAAUGACUAAUAACCUCUGUUAUUCGCAAAAUGAUCCCUUAAAGACCUAAAUAAGUCCCGAAGCAAACUUCAUACUUUUAAGCUAGACUUCUUUUACUGGACUCAUAUCUUGUUUGAAUGAUCCUCAUUAAAGGUAGCUUGUUUUUAAGCCAUAUUUUCGUCAGCUAAGACUUGUAGAAGGAUGCUCGUACUUAAUAUUAUAAAUAAAAGUUUCAUUAAAAUCCGUAUAAUUUUUUUUGUCCAAGGUAUUUGUAUUGUUUGACAUUGCAAGAAAGGCAUUCUUUACCGCGUCUCAGUUUUCUUUAGGCUGAUUGAAAGUGACUCUUUGGGUAGCGUCGAAAUUAGUAAUAAAAAAUAAUAUUUUUAUUGAAUGACUACGUCAUCUUUUGCUUCCUCUGUCAGUGAACCGCAUCGACUCUUGUUUAUUUUUCUGUGAAUGUAAUGUGUAACAGGGGGAGGAGGAUGAUUCAGCUAUGGAUGUAAAUCUAUCAGGUACCAUACUCUUUGAUAAGGUUAUCCACCGCUAUCUGCAAAGCACUCAUCCGAUUCCCUUGAAGAUUGGGGAACUACAUGGGGAGACAAAACUAUCAGGAUCCCUUUUGAAACCGUAAGCCUGCCAUUUUUGUGUUGAAGUUUAGUGCUCAGUAUCCAUACAUUUUCCCAUUGUUUGACCUAACUACUUGCCUUUGGUAUAUGGAAUAUGCCUGCUCAAUGGUGUUCAGGAGGUUUGAUAUAAAGUGGUCUGCACCAAAAGCUGAAGAUUCAUUCUCUGAUGCACGUGGGAAUAUCAUCAUUGCCCAUGAGCAUAUCAUAGUCAAUUCCUCUUCAGUUGCAUUCGACUUGUACAUGAAAGUUCAAACUGUUUAUGCUAAUGAUCAUUUGCUGGAAAGAGGCCAUCUAGACUUUAGGAGAGCCAUGCCUUUGAUUGUUGAGGGAGUUGAUUUGGAUUUGAAGAUGCGCGGGUUUGAAUUUGCCAAUUUCAUUUCUUCCAUUUCCUUUGAUUCUCCAAGACCUAUGCACUUGAAAGCAACUGGGAGAGUUAAAUUUCAGGGACGGGUUACAAAACCCGAUAAUCUUUCUGAUGAAAAGGAAUUUGUCGCUGAGAGUAAUGCAGCAGAUGGUCAGGUUGAUCUAGAAAAAGCUAGAAGUCUAGUUGGUGAAAUAUCUAUGUCAGGAAUAAAGCUGAACCAGCUUAUGCUGGCUCCACAAUUGGCUGGAUCUUUAAGUGUUUCGAGUGCAAGAAUGAAGGUAGAUUCUCUCUCUCCUCACUCUUUUGACUCUGAAAUGUCGUUUAAGGUGAUUCGCAGACCCAUGGAAUUAUUCAAUCUUGUGCAGUACUUUAAGCUUUCUUAUUUCCAUGUACAUGUAAUAGCAAGAUUUAGUGUUUUCUUUUGAUACAUUUGCAGCUAGAUGCUGUGGGUAGGCCUGAUGAGAAUUUCUCAAUAUUGGUUCUUGGACCUUUUUGGCCUGGGGCAGGAGAGAUCUCUCAAAGCAGAAAAUUGAUUUCUCUUUCACUCCAGAAAGGUCAAUUGAGAGCUAGCAUUUGCUAUCAACCAGAACAUUCUGCUAACAUAGAGGUAAUCUUUCUCUUUCUUUCUGUGUUUCUUUCUCAAUCCUCCCUCGGCUCUAUUAUAUACUUAAAUGUGCACAUUUGCCACAAUGUAUAGCAUGUUUAAACUUUGAAUUCUUCUAUUUGAAUCAAUUUUCAAGUUGCACUGAAAUGCCCUUUUUACUGCUUGGUAAAAGGUGAGACAUUUACCACUUGAUGAGUUGGAGCUUGCGUCUCUACGUGGAACAAUCCAAAGGGUAUGUUUCUGUUUUAGUGUAAUUCUUAAACACUGCUUUUCUUGGAUAAUUUGGCUAAGAGUUUAUUUCAAGAAAUUUUGUCAUAUACUACAGAAAAUAGUCGAACUUUAAGACGUCUUUUUAUCUGGAACCACACAUUUGCUGCAUGGUGUGAUUUUCUAGUUCAAAUGGUCAGGAUCUCAUGCAAUUAGAAUAGUAAUCACAACAUAGUACCGACUGUUGGAAAACUCACUGGUCUUUGGGCAGAUGCGUUUCCUUCCUUGAUGAUAUGUUUGUUUUAAUAUGAAAAAAAUGCCCUCCGGAGUGAGAAAAUUUUAAUAGAAUGACUGGUCUUCAAUGACGUGUCAAAUUUGGAUUGACGGUGAACCUUUUUCCUUUGCCUUCUAGUUUUUUUUUGAAGUAUUGAAUUGCACCAUUCGGCAAUACACCAUUUAGCUCUGAUCAAUCGACCUAAGAAUAUUCCUGCAUGGACAUAUCGUUUCCUGAACUGCAGGCAGAGCUCCAGCUUAAUUUUCAGAAAAGAAGAGGGCAUGGACUUCUUUCAGUACUUCAACCAAAAUUCAGUGGUGUACUUGGGGAGGCUCUUGAUGUGGCUGCACGAUGGAGUGGGGAUGUUGUCAGUACUUUCUUGCUUUAUCUUAUUAUGUAUUUUAAAUUACAUACUAAAUUUUUUGGUAUUGUGUUGUCAGUAGAAUGUUGGUGUCAGACCAUCUUAAACUUCAUUAUGAUCGCCCUAAUAUUGAGUCUAAUGAAUAGAGUUCUGACUCAUCUAUCGCGGUGACUAUAUUGCUUGGUUAUCAGAUCACUGUUGAGAAAGCUGUACUAGAGCAAGCUAUUAGUCACUAUGAACUUCAAGGAGAAUAUGUAUUACCUGGAACACGUGAUCGCUAUCCUGCUAGCAAGGAAAGUGGCAGGAUUUUUGGGAAAGCAGUCGCUGGGCAGCUUAGUAGUAUAAUUUCUUCAAUGGGAAGAUGGCGUUUAAGACUUGAAGUUCCUCAUGCUGAGGUUGCUGAGAUGCUUCCCCUCGCAAGGCUUCUUUCUCGGAGUACUGAUCCUGCUGUUCGGUCAAGAUCAAAGGUUAUCUCCUGUAGUUUUGCUUACUUUAGCUUUGGAUUGCAUGUACAGAUAAUUUCAUUUAGGACGUGCUCCUGUUAUCAAGUCAAGAUGGAAAAUAUUGUUCCAGACGUUGUAUGUCUCACAUACAGUUCAACAGUUGGUGUUAUGGCCCCCUUCUAUUCAGAAUAAGAGAAAAAUCGAAUCCUUCUUGCUCAAAUUAUGCUCCCUUGUAAGUUCCGUUUAUUUUGAGUUUAAAAGUGUCCACCCCAGAAAAGGGUUGCUCAGUGUGAAAAAUGAUCCUUGUUAUCGCUGAUAUGGGAUUAAACUCAACUAGUCUAGCUAUGUUCUUGUGCGUACUACAUGUUAAUGGAAGUCAGUUGCCCCUGAAAAGUUGAUUUGCCUUGUUCUUCUUAAUAACAAGUCAAGGCUGCAGAAGACCUCUUAGUGUGUCCAUCUGUACGGAAAUGGUCAAUUUUGACUUGAUCCGGUUUUUUUUUAAGAAAGUAAUUAAAGAACUCUGUAUUUAUAAUUUGUCAGUUGGUCCAUGUUUAUCUGAAACCUGUGUUAUCUGUUUGGAUAAAAGAACAUGUUUGGAUAUGCCAUGUCACUAAAUAUAUGCUUUUUUUACUCUUCACUUGUCGGCGAUGCAGGAUUACUUCAUCCAAAACUUGCAACAAAUGGGAUUUUCUGCUGAAAGCCUUCAUGAUUUGUUUGAGGUAGUUGGUUAAAUAGUUUUACAUCCUAUUAAAUGUUUUCAGCAGAAAACAAAAAUGUUUAACUUUGAAAGCUUCUGCUCAACAACAAACCUUUUACUGAUAUUGUUCUUUAUUUUGUAGUCAUUGACAUUUUCCUUGCAGAGCUCUCUUGACGUUUAUUUUGUGUUUAGGAAAUUCAAAACGAUUAUUGGUCCGAUGAUGUUACUUCUGAGGAUAUUCCUGGAUUAGCCGAACUUCAAGGUUCCUGGCAUGGAUCACUUGAUGCCAGUGGUGGCGGCAAUGGUGAUACGAUGGUGAGUUAGUAUAUACAUUUUUUUUAGGAAGUAUUUUUUUCUUGAAGUGGUAUUGGUUAUUUUUUCUUGAAACAGUCUUUUGGGCAACCUUACAAAACUCAUCGUGAUACAAUGGGAAGAGAUACAUGUCUGUGAUAAUCAGUGCAGUCUUUUGUUUCGAUGAAAGGCUAAAAUACAGAAUGUAAACAAUUGAUUACAUGCUACGUUAACAUGCCGUAGUUUAUGUCAGAGUUUAUGAUAAACCAAUGUUAAAUAUCUUGACGGCCAUCCUCCAAUGUACAUAUAUUUUAAAUCUACGGUACCAAAUUGUUGGCAAGUGUCUACAUUUUGCUGAAUUCACGUAUAAAAGUGUCUAGAUCUCAGUAAAUCUCUGUUAGGAUCCCAGAACUGGGGCCAAAACAAGGGUAGAGACAGGGGGAAACACUUGAAAGAGAUAAGGGAAGGAUCGUAACUGAGAUAGGAAAAGGAAAAGAACAGAAGGGGGUUUCUGGAGGAAACCCUAGAAUAAUUUGGGCACGAGUUCGAGAGCGCCCCCACUCUCCCACUAACUUCUUCCAAAAGUACCUCACAGAGAGGACUCCUAAGGCUCCUUAUACCCAUACUCCUUAAUGACCCCUUGGUUCAGCUUCCCUUGACCCACCUACAUCUCAACCUUGACUCUCCAGACUUAAGUAACCCGAACAGUGGUCCUAUUAUUGGGCCCAACACUUCCGGACCUAACAGUCUCCCUCAUGGACCUCGUCGUUAUUUUGGUUGUUCAAGUUCUGUAACUCAAAUUAUAAAGCCUGGGCGCCGCUCUAUCGUCAUUGGUUACCUUUAUGUGUUUUUUGCUAUUGGAUUGUUGAUGUCCAUUUCCCUCCUGUUAUCUGGCCAGUUGGUGCCCCUCCCUUCUCCACCAUUUCCUACAUUCUCCCAUCAUGCUUCAAAUAUUCUCCUAAACUAUGCACUAGUAUAUUGAUAAGUUUACCUGCAGUGUUUUUUCCUUUGCUUCAUUCUCUGCUCUCCAUUUCAACAUUAUCCUGAUGACAUAGUUGUCCACAUUUUGAUGAUCUUUACCUCAGACACUAAUUUCCCUUGAUCUGAUUCUCCUACUGUAGCACGUGGUGUGAUUAUGAUCCUUUGCACUCUUCUUGACACCCCUUUCAAACACUGCCAGCCUCAUAAAAUGGAUAAUAGUAACCUUUCAUAUUUUCAUCCCUUGGACGUUCAUUGGGCACGAGCUUUAUUUUUUCAUUAUCGAUAGGUGGACUAACAUAGUCCACCUUGUAAAUGGCAACAGUGUGGUCUUGUUUCCCCCUUGGCAUUAUACUUCUUGACAGCAGUAGGCAUUAUACUACAAGAAAUUAAAAUUUAAAAUUUGAAGAUGGCUUAUCUUAUUAUUAAUGGUCUGUGAAAAUAUUAGAUUCUAUUUUAAAUUGACAAAAAAGAUGGAACUUGAUCCGCCCUUGAAAGUUUGAAAGAAUAAAAAGCGAAAAAAGGCCAUCUAUAAAAGGACCUGAAUUAAAAAUAAAAUAAAAUAAAGUAUUUGAAGACAGCAGCUGAUUCUGUGCUGGGCUGCUAUGUCAGUUCUCUUCCAGACUAAGAGAUGAAUAUGGUGGAACCAUAUUUAUCCUGGUCAAUCCUGGCGCUCAGAAAUUUCUUGUCCAAGCGGGAAUGGUAAUUUUAUCUCCGAGCUUAUUCAGCAUGGAUAUUUGCCAAAAAAAAUAAUCCCAUUUGGGGCUAGAAUGAAAAUAGAGAAAAGCACAACUUUGGUUUGGUUUUCAACAAUAAAACAUUGAGAAUAAGAGAUUGCUUUCAAGCAGAAAAAAAAUAUUUGCAUUCAUCCGGUUAGAUAUUUGUUGUCACCUGGUCUGCUUGUUAAAAAAAUUAAUUUAAUAUAUAGAUUAUUGACGAGGUGUUUCAUUUUCUUCAUGCUAGUUAACUUAUCAAUUGCAGUAUUAUUAUACGAGUUUCAUAUAUCUUCCUUAAUUUUAUUCCCAUGGUGUUCAUUAACCACUGGACACCUGAACCUGAAAGGAAAAAUCUUUCAUGUGUCUCCUUUCUCUAAGACUGAAGUGUUGCAUUUCAGGCAGAAUUCGAUUUCCAUGGAGAGGAUUGGGAGUGGGGAACCUAUAAGACCCAGCGAGUCCUUGCAGUGGGCGCAUAUAGCAACAAUGAUGGCCUGCGCCUUGAGAAAAUUUUCAUUCAGAAAGAUAAUGCCACUCUUCAUGCUGACGGAACCUUGCUGGGACCGAUAACGAAUCUUCAUUUUGCUGUUCUGAAUUUCCCGAUUGGUGUAGUACCUACGGUGCUUCAAAUCAUAGAAGUGGCUGCCACAGAUUCUGUACGAUCUUUGUGCCAACUAUUGGCACCUAUAAAAGGUGUUUUGCACAUGGAAGGAGAUCUCAGGGGAAGCCUUGGAAAACCAGAAUGUGAUGUGCAAGUAAGGCUACUUGACGGUGUUGUUGGAGGGAUUGAUCUUGGGCGAGCUGAAAUUGUUGCUUCCCUGACCCCGACAAGUCGUUUUCUUUUCAAUGCGAAGUUUGAACCUGUUAUCCAAAGUGGUCACGUGCACAUCCAGGGAAGUGUGCCUUUGACAUAUAGCUAUAUCCAAAAUGACGGUGUGGACGAAGAUGAGAAAGAAAGUGAAACAGGAAGAGCGUUUUCUAGUUGGAUGCAAGAUAACGUAAGGGGAUUGGUUGAUAAAGCUACUGAGAGAAACAUUGUGAGAGAGAGAACUGAAGAAGGUUGGGAUGUUCAAUUAGCAGAAAGUCUCAAAGGUUUGAACUGGAACUUACUAGAUGAUGGAGAGGUAAGGAUUGAUGCGGAUGUCAAAGAUGGGGGCAUGAUGCUGAUAACAGCUUUGUCUCCUCAUGCCACUUGGCUUCAUGGCUAUGCUGAUGUUACCCUUCAGGUAGGAACUUAAUUGUUUUUUUCUUUUCACGUGUAACAUCUCAUGGUUGAAAUUUAGUACGAAUUUCUGAAUAAUUUACAUUUAUUUAACUUAGAUUUGUUUGACAUAUCUCCUUCUUUUUAGAAUUUCUUUACCACUAAAUGAGGAUUUCUAAGCUAACUAGGUGUUAUCUGGAAUGCAAUCUAUUCUAAAUAGGUCAGAGGUACCAUUGAGCAACCAGUGCUAGAUGGUUCUGCAUCAUUUCACAGAGCAUCUGUCUCUUCACCGGUACUUCCACAGCCUCUUACAAAUUUAGGGGGAACAAUUCUCAUUGAAUCAAAUAGGCUGUGCAUCAGCUCUAUGGAAAGCAGAGUAAGCGGAAAAGGGAAGCUGAUUGUGAAAGGAAACCUACCUCUCAAUGCCAGUGAAUCAUUUAGCACCGAUAGAAUUGAUUUGAAAUGUGAAAAGCUGAAAGUGCAGGCCAAGAAUGUCAUGAGGUUAUCUUCAUUUCUGUCUCAGAGUUGCAGUACUUAUUUUUUUUCCAGACAUCAUUUCUCUCAGAAUAUCUUGUCUUUUUGAGAUUACGGAUACUCAUUCUGAAUCCUUAAUAUCCCUUCUUCAUAUUUUUCAAAUGUGGAAACAGAUCAUUACUAAAGCUAUUCUCUACUUGGGGAUCUUUUUUUUGGUGCUUGAACAUGUAAUAUCUGCUUCUACUUUCAUGUAUUGAAUUUCUCAGAUACAAUUUGUGAUUUGCAGUGGCCGAGUUGAUUGUCAGAUGCAGAUAAGUGGGUCCAUUUUGCAACCAAAUAUCUCUGGCAAAAUCCAGCUGAGUCAUGGGGAGGCAUAUCUACCUCAUGAUAAGCGUGAUGGUGAGACGUUGAAGAGAGUGGCAUCAAAACGAUCAGGCUUCCCUGCUGGCGGUUACAGUAUACUGACUGCUUCUGGGAACGUUUCACGAUUUUUUGGAUCAGAAUCUGCUUCUUCGUCCAAGAAAUUACCUCAGUCCUUAGGUACUAGGGGUCUUUAUGAUGACACUUAUGUCAUCAAUCUUGCGGGUUGAUUUUUCGGUCAUUAAAAACUCUGAAAUGCCUUGACAGGAUGACUUCUGUUUCCUCCAGUUUGUUACAUUUUGAUUCUUUUACUGUAACCUAGCUUUGCGUAAAAAUGAAGUUUCUAAAAUUCUGAAAUGCAUCGAUUUUGUCCUUGGAUGUGAUACGGUUUUUGAUUGGAAGUGGCAUUCAGGAUUGAUUGAAUAUAAAAGUUUGUGCAUGGAAGAGAUGAUUUUUUUAGCGAUUAGACCUCCGUAUUUUUAUAAUGCAAUUCCUCGAUGAAGUUUGGAUGUCUUCAAAAUUCAAUAUUUUCAAGACCUUUUUUAUGUAAUAUAGUCUAUUCCUGAUCUUUAUUUCUCCAAUAUAUAGUUGCCAAAUAAACAGGUCAGCUGCUCUGGUGACAGAAAUAGAACUUAAAAGAAGCCUUCUUUGCUCUCUUCUGUUAUUUCUCGUGUUUGAAGUCAUUGAUACUUUUUCUUUGUAUUAAAAAAUGUCAAAGAUAUAUUUUCAUGGAAAAUAUACAGUGCAUUCUAAUAUUCUUACCGAUCAAUUACAUGUGAUAUAAUACAUGUCUUCCGUCUAUUCUCUUACUAGUUUUAUUUUUCUUCAUAAAUGGUUUCAGAAGAGCUCCUCAAUUCAUGCUAGCCGGGGAUAUAUGUUGUGCAAACUUUCACUGUUGGUAUUUAAUCUUAUUUAGGAACUAUCAUGAUAUCUUAAUGGGGAAUUCAAUUUCUUGGUAGGUAAAAAGGUUGAGUCUGAAAAGAGAAUCGAGCAAGUGCACACCAACCCAGGAGUUGAUGUUCGCCUCACUGACCUCAAGCUACUUCUUGGACCGUACUUGAAGAUUGUUUAUCCUUUGUUUCUCAACUUUGCUGUCAGUGGUGAAGUGGAGCUUAAUGGAAUGGCUAAUCCGAAGUGGAUAAGACCGAAGGGAACUUUGACAUUUGAAAAUGGAGAAGUUGACCUUGUUGCCACCCAGGUACCUUUCUUGACAGCUUCAAACACUGGGUGAUCUUAUUCUUUUUCAGUUUAUUCAUAUUGUUUUUUGUAUUACAGGUGAGGCUUAAACGCGAGCAUCUGAAUAUCGCUAAGUUUGAGCCUGAUCUUGGCCUCGAUCCCAUUCUAGAUUUGGCCUUAGUUGGAUCUGAAUGGCAAUUUAAGGUCCAAAGUCGGGCAAGUAACUGGCAGGACAGUCUGGUAGUGUCCUCUACGCGUUCUGUCGAUCAGGAUGCCCUCUCACCUACCGAGGUAGAACUCAUAAUUCUGCAUUGUUCUCUAUUUUCUCUCACGAUCCUUACAGUCUGUCAGCACAUCCGUGCAUGCACAUAUGCACAGAAGGACUUGCACACCCACACCGGGUUGGGCCAUGGGAGAAUCCCUAUGCCUGUAGUCUUGUGAAUAAACAUGUACUUGUACAUCAACUUAAUAAUUGAACGUCCCGCGAGUGAGUCUGCUCUAGCACGUGCCAGAAGCUCACUUCAUCCUGCCCAGAUUGUGUGUUACAAACCGCUGUACUGGUUGGUUGGCAUGCAGGGCAUGAUCAACUCGGCCUGAGUUGCUUGUUGUGAUGAUUCCACAGGCCUGCUGGUUGAAUCAUGAUUUCCUAUCGUUGUAGCAGCCACUGGGCUCCCUGCUGCUAGAGAGAUGAUUGUCUGGAAGUGCAUACACGAGUGAAAAACCUGUGGACCGCAUUUAACAGAGAAAAAUUGGACCUUUAGGAAAUAUUAAAUUUGGAAGCAUGAGUGGGGAAUACAGACCGAAUUGUCACAGAAACAAUCAUGUUGAACCUUUGACUACAAGGAUUUGAUGCCUAUUCUGACCUUCAUCUGAUAUGAAAUUGGCUGAGUGUUGUCUCGCUUUACUUUACUUGAAUCAUUAUUUUCUCUCUUUUAACAUCUCUUUUCCUAAAAUUUAGUUCAAAAUCAGAUAAGCCGUUUCAGUAGUAUUUUUCUUCGUAUUGAGAAUUUUAUGUGGGUUUUUUAUUUGGUAGGUUAUCAUUAAGGUGGGUUUUUGAUUGGUGCAGGCUGCAAGAGUCUUUGAGAGUGAAUUAGCUGAAUCUUUACUUGAAGGUGAUGGUCAGCUUGCUUUUGAGAAACUUGCUACUGCAGCCCUGGGGAAAUUGAUGCCGAGAAUAGAAGGGAAGGGGGAGUUUGGUCACGCACGGUGGAGACUUGUAUAUGCUCCUCAGAUCCCAAGCAUGCUUUCUGUUGAGCCCACUGCCGACCCUCUCAAAUCAAUUGCAAAUAAUAUUUCUUUUGGGGCAGAAGUUGAAGUUCAACUUGGGAAACACCUACAGGUAUUUACUCGAUAUUUUACAUUCAGCAACAUUAUUAUCAUCCCACAUUAUCGAAGCCUCUCGUUCGUUCAUCUUCCAAACAUAUGCUCAAUAAUACACCCAUGUCUUUAGGUGUAAUCUUUAGGAUGUGAAGAUUCCCGAUCAAUAGUUGAUGGAUCAUAGUCAGCAAUGUAUUUUUCCAAUAUCUUGAGGCACCCGAUUUUGCCCAUUAUAUUGUGAAUUAAUUCAUCAGAAGAGAAAAUUAGUCCGCUCAAGAACUAGUUAAGAACUAGUUCGCGCUUAGGUUCACAAAUUGAACGAGUGGAACUAGUUCUUAAAUGGUCAAUUCUCCAGCAAAAAACAGGUUCUACGGAUGUUCCACUUCUCUAUUUUGACAUGAGAACCCUGUGAUUGCCCACUUCCAGGCUUCGUUCUUGAGACAGAUGAAGGAUUCAGAGAUGGCCAUGCAGUGUACGCUGAUCUAUAAGCUCACAAGCCGCCUGCGGGUCCUUUUCCAGUCCUCUCCAUCUCAUCGUCUCCUAUUCGAAUACUCCGCCUCAUCGCAGGACUGA